GCAGUGCAGAGACAGAGACAGGGAGAGAUUCCGUGAGAGAUCAUCUUAUAGAAAGACUCAGCGCGCGCGCGCAUACACACACACUCACUCACACUCACAUUGUUGGAGCGAGAGCGCGAGGCUGGGAGACCUUCCCCUCCCUUUUCAAGGCUGCACUUCUUGGAAGUGCAGCCGGUUUGGGUUUUGUUUCCCUUCUCCCUCCUCCCUCCUCUUCCUCCACCCCUUUCCCCUCCCCCUUUGUCCCCCUCCCCCACAGCUGUCUCUCUAGCAUGAUGCCCUUUUUCAUCCACAUUUGUGUUUCAGGUGUAGAGAGGAGAGAGUGAGCUGGGAGCGGGCUUUUGUCUGUUGGUCUCCCUGGACUGAAGAGAGGGAGGGUGGAAGGCCCAGACUGUUAUGAUUCUCAAAAUGGUUUAUUACCCGGAGGGCUGUCUCUGGGUUAACCAAGACCCAUUUCCAAAAAAGAAAAUGGAUGGGAGGUUUCCUAAGGGAAGACUUCCUGUCCCGAAGGAAGUGAACCGCAAGAAGAAUGAGGAGCCUGAGGCUGCAUCCCUGCCUCCACUUGGCAGCGAUGAACGCCAUUCCCCAGGAUCUUACCUCCACUCUUUUUAAUGUAACAACUCCAUUUGUGUAUGGGUAUUGAUGAGGUCAUGGUAUCAUAUAUGGGAUUUUUUUCUGUGUAAAUCAUCAAGUAUAAGAAGAAACUAUGGGACUCUGAGCCUUGCUUUAGAGAAUUUACAGUGGACAAAUAGGUAUCAUCAAACCAGUUUUUAACCAUUCUGACUCAAGUGAAAACGCUCAGAAUUUCACACUGUGAAUCCACGUUUACAACCCUUACAGGUGGGCCUUCAGGCCUGGUUCGCUGCGAUGACGUCUUCCACAACUCAAACUUCCACUGCUCACACAACCGGUCCACUUCUGCCUUUCACUCAUACAGCUCCUGACUGCUUCCUGCAGAGGCUGAGAGUCCCCGCCUUUUUUUCAUUUAGAUGUAACUAUUCUAGUAGUUUAUGUUCAUCAAUUGUCCGUAUAUCUCUAUAUUUUAUCCAUGUACUCUUUUGAUGUAUAGAAGUAGUUUGAAACUCAUUGUUUCCUUGUGGUAAGUGACCGAGAUGCUGCCACAGGACCUGAGACACUGAUGAAUGGUGCUAUUUUGGACUUUCAACAUGCUCCUUGGCGAGGUAGCUCUGAUGGAGUUAUUUUUUAUUUCCAUGUUCUAAGAAGGUAUUGGUAUUCUGUUUCCCUGAAUGUCGUUCUCUAGACUGGAUUGACUUGUUUUUCUUGUGUCUUCAGUGUGGCUUUCUUCUUCAGCAUUGUAGAUUGAGUGAAUGCUACCAGAGAGUGUAAGAGACUCAUGUCUAAUUGGCUGGCACUCAUGAACAGUCCCUGUGAGGGAGCAAUCGCAAAACUGUAAUUUACUUACCAAAUCUCUUUCUUUUGGUAGCAUUGCCUGCCUAACUUAGAGAAAGAAAAGCAAUAAUUUCACAGGCAUUUUAAGGUGUCUCUUUUGGUGAUUUUGUUCAAAAGAGUCUUUGGGGGAAAAUGUGCAAACUUUAAAAAAAAAAAAAAAAACC